AUACCACGUGAAGAAAAAAAAAAAAGAACAACCAACAACAACAACAAAAAAAAAACCAACAAAAACCAACAAAAUAAAAACCAACAAAAACUGUGAGAAGAUCGGAAUAUAACCGCCUUUUCUAUGAUAAAACUGGUGCCCCUCUUCAGGAGAACUGGUCUCAAUUUAUUAUUAUGCAACCGCAAGGAUCUCUUCUUUCUCAGGGUGUAUAAGCUGCUGGAUUGCUUUUCGCCCAAAUCAAUGUGGUUUCUUUGGAACAUUUUCAGCAAAGGAUCGCAUAUGCUGCAGUGUCUUUGUGGCAAGAGUCUUAAGAAAAACAAGAACCAAACUGAUCCCCAGCUCAAGGGUAUAGUGACCAGGUUAUAUUGCAGGCAAGGCUACUACUUGCAAAUGCACCCCGAUGGAAGUCUCGAUGGAACCAAGGAUGACAGCAGUAAUUCUACGUUAUUCAACCUUAUACCAGUGGGACUUCGAGUUGUAGCUAUCCAGGGUGUAAAGACUGGGUUGUAUAUAGCCCUAAAUAAUGAAGGUUUCCUCUACACAUCAGAACUUUUUACACCGGAGUGCAAAUUCAAGGAGUCUGUUUUUGAAAAUUAUUAUGUAAUCUACUCAUCCAUGCUCUACAGACAACAGGAGUCCGGAAGGGCCUGGUUCUUAGGUCUGAACAAGGAAGGGCAAGUCAUGAAAGGAAAUAGAGUCAAGAAAACAAAACCAGCAGCUCAUUUUCUACCCAAGCCAUUGGAAGUUGCCAUGUAUCGAGAACCAUCUUUGCAUGAUAUUGGUGAAACAGUGCCAAAGGCUGGGGUAACUCCAAGUAAAAGCACAAGUGCGUCUGCAAUAAUGAAUGGCGGCAAACCACCAGUUAACAAGAGUAAGACGACAUAGCCAGAUCCUCACAGGUGUUGUGACUUACUGAGUCCUGAGUGCAGUUGAGCGAUUUAUCCUUGCCAGACUUCCCCUCUGCAGUGUCUGUGGAUCAGCUCGCAGCAAGUGGCGUCCUGGCACGUGGCUGGUUCUGAACUGAAUCAUUGCAAGCGGAUAAAGCUCAACGUGUAUCUCCACCCACAAUGAGAAGACACCUGGAUGAACCAGCUAAACUCAGACCAUGGAAUGCCCUACCAGAUAUUGGAAUGCCUUUUUAAUAUCUUUUCUGUGACUGUGACACUUCAUGUGAAUGACAUACUUCACAAGUACACUUGAUACCUUGCCUGCUGACGAUUACCCAUAAUCCUUUUUUGAGUCCAGUUUCAGCAAAAUUCAUGUGUUUAAGUUCUAUUUUGUAGCACACAAAUAAUCAAGUAAUUUCUAGGUAGAUGCUGUAAACCUGUGCUAUUAUGGAUUUCUCUUCUUCCCUUUUUUAUAAGGCUGCUCGCUCCACUGUCUGUGACCUUUUGCAGGGAUUGUGUUUCUCUAUAACUUUAAGUGUUGCCGGUGGCUUAGUUUUGAAAGUAAUCAGGGAAUCAGGAAGCCUUCAAAAAUCUAUAAUUACAAAUUAUAUCUAUAAAGAAUAGGAUCAUUGUCUCUGGCUUACAAUGCUGAUCAAUGUGAAUACUCUUUAGUAACAGAUACUGUGCUUCUGAGGUUGGCAUUAUAGUGGAGGGAAGAGUGUCAAACACAACCAACAGGAAGUUUUCUGGAAUGAGUGUUUGGCAUCCCCCUACAGUUUCUUUGUGUGUAUGUGUUUUAUACAUGUCACAGGCUUACUGGUAAUGGUAACAUUUGCCUUGCCCAGCGAGCAAGACCCACUCAUUUUUGGGAAAGUGGGUCCAAAGAAUUUUGUAGGCCUUGUAGGCCUGAAUUAAGGCUCAUUUUUCAUCUACUAAAGCUUCAUUGUUUGAAAAACUACCACCACCAAUUAAAAAAACAGUUAAGACUAACCAGAAUUGCGCUACCUAUAUCCAUUUCGAAUAUAAUCCUUUUCUGUUUUUAAGGAACUGAACUUAAUGCCAUUGUUAUUUUUGGCUGAUUUCCACACCUACUUAGCAAAGCAUGGGCAAGGAUGUUGUUGUGUUCUUUUCUGCAGCACCAAUGCAAAGAGUAGUUAAAAAUUAUAGUUUUUCUGGUGUUUUAAAAAAAAAAGAAAAAGUUUUACAACUGGACAUAUUACAAAACUUUAUUUUUAUUUUUAGCUAAGCAUGCAAAAUCCAGUCCUAUGUAUCCCACUGAUAUUCCAGUACGUACCUCUACCCAGCUUCCUAGGAUAAUAUCCUCACCAAAUUGAUAGAUUGAAGGUGCCUUGCCUUGAUCUCUGUAUACUGUACUUACUUCUACAUGAACCUAGACAAAAUCAAAAACAUUAUAAAAUUGAAGCCUUGGCUGAUAUCAUGAGAAACACCAUCAACACUUUAAGUUUGUCUCUUGUGAACAGUAAAACCAAUCUUACAAGGAAAAAAAAAUUAGGCAAUACCACAGAAAUGACAUUGACAUGUUACAUACUUAGUCACGUGCUUUCAGACACUAGGAUUGUGGGUGCUGUAUGUUUACGAAGGUAUUUGUUUCUCAGAAAGGGCAACAAGGACCAAACUGUGCCUCAGUCUGGAGAAGUAUGUGAUAGCACUCUCUUGGCCUCUAUCUAUUAUCCUGAUAUUUAGAGAUUAAAAAAAGAAAAAAAAAAAAAAAAAAAAGAAAAAAAGGAAAUUGUCCAUUCCUUUUUUACUAUUGUAUUUCUCGUAUUUCAUUUUAUCAUGUCUUUGUUCUGAAGUGUCCCUAACAGGAAUAGACUAGUGGUCAUUUCAGACUCCCUAUCUGCUCCCCUGAGUAACUUAUUCAGUCUUAAUGAACUUUCCAUGCUAGUUUUCAGAUGUGGUUUAUAAGCAACUUUUAGUUGUUCUUCAAGGAAGCUACUAUAAAGCUGCUAAAUUCUGGAUUGUUUUGGUAGGCCAGAUUUCCUUGGUUAUCUAGGUGAAACAAGAACAGCAAACUAACACUUGAUUCUAGGGUCUUUCCAGGAAGGGAAUGUAAAUAAUAGUAAUAAUAAUGAUAAUGCAAAACUACUUCACUACUGUGAUAAAAAAAAUGCAAACCAACUUUGACUGUGCCCUUGUCUGCUAGCACUGAAUAUGUGCUUGUGGGAAAAAGUAAAAAUCUCGGUGCACACUUCUCAUCCCACCUGGUCCAGUGGGAUUUGUGCAUCAUACCUGAGAAAACAAAACCAAAGCAACUCACAUGAUGUGAUGUGGGCUUGCUCUCAUUUGGAGGGCCCAUGGGAUGCAGUACCCUUAAUGCUGUCCUAUCUCCUGGGUACCUUAGGAGCAACGAUUCACAAAUAUUUUGAGUAGGGUAAUACAACUGAAGGCUACAUUCCCUUUCUCACUUAGAUUUUUUAAGAGCUCCUGAGGAGGGAAUAAGAGUUUAUGUCCAAUCCAGCCGUCUAUUUACCCUCGCUGGUUUAAGAGCCCAGGGAGAGACAGGACUGGAAAGCUGGCUGAGCUUUGCAAGGAGCCUCUGGUUUAUGGCCUAAAGCUACAUAAGUACUAUUUGAUGCCAGGUAACUAUAAUUUGCAGUUUAGGGGACUACAAUUAAGGCUGGAUUUUAUUUCCAUUAGCAGUUCAUACAUACUGAAAAUGCAACAUAAUAUUUUUAAUUUCUCUUUUUGUUUCUGUGGAUUAAAUGCAUAUGUGUGUUUAAUAGAAUGAAUCAUUGUCCUAAAAAUUAUUUCUUUUUCUACAGUCUGUUUAAACACAGAAAAGGGGUUUCUGUGCUUUGUUUCCUCCUUUUAAUUUUGUCUUGUCUCGUCUGUUGCAUGGGAAGGGGAUGGCAAGGAUGAACUGCAUGUAAUAGAUUGAGUGUAUCAAAGACUUGUUCAUCUGUAUUACUGAAUUUACAUACAUAUAUGCAAAGAGUUUGUCUGCACUGUACAGUUUGUCUUUAUUAUUAUUUGUUGUAUACACAGAUUGAACAUGAUGAAUAAAACAUUUAUAUGAAGGCAUACUGAAAAACAACAAAAAAGUUUAUGUAAGAAGUAGACUGUGCAAAACAUGAUUGCACUGGCCACAGUAUGGUGAAACUUUAUGUAAAUAUUUUGGCAAACUCAAUUCUCCCCUUUUACCGUGCCAAAGAAAAUUUUAGCUCCUUUAAUAUGAUACCUCUCUUGCUGUUCUCCAGGAUGAGAUGAUACCAUUUUGUUCCCUCCAAAAUUAAUUUUGCUGUUAAGUGAAAGCUGUUUCCAACUGUCUAUCUAUUACUACCAAAAUACUGUAUGCUAAACCUGAUGGAAUCAAUUUGUAUUUACAAGUUGAGUGUUUUGUACUUACAUGUCCAGAUGUCUGUGAAUCUGCAGCGUUCCAGAUCCUUUGCACGCUUGCUUUGUAUUUUGUUCUCCUUCUGGGUUGUAGCUACUCUCACAGAUACUGUUUGCAGUGCAAUCUAACUUCAUCUCACAAUUCCAUAGUGGACAGAUAUGUUAACGUUAUUCAUACAUCUCUUUACAUUUUUUAAUCUGUAUUUCAGCUAAGGUUUUAUUUGGCAAAACCAGUCACACCUGUGCAGUUUCAAAAAUUCAGUUCAGCAUAGCACUGAUCUGUUGUACUUCAAAAAUUUUAUAAAUACACAGGCAUUUGUGUAUUUAAAAGAUUGUUCACACUGUAGAGCCUAUAAAAAGGUGUCUAUAGCUUUCAAAUUUUUUUUGUAGUACACAUGCACAGAUGUUCCUCUAAGUGCUGGUUUUAUUUUUAGUUGCUCUCAAAUCAUAGUUUUUAAUUUAGAAUUGUUUUCAUAAAUUUAAUGUGUGUAGAGUCAGGCUGAUCCUUAACAAACAACCCUAAAUAUAAAUGUAAAGCAAUUCUAUUUGACUUUGGUAUUUACCUGAAACAACACUAAGAAUUCCAGCUUUUCAUACGUACAUGGGGAAACUUUCCCCUUGGUUUAAGACCACUGUAAUGGUGAAGUAUGAAUGCAGGCAGUUUGGUCCAUACAUUAAAAGUGUGUCUUGCUGAACCAUCCAUUUAUUGGUACAAAUAAGAUAUUAUUCAACUCCAUUCAGAUGGGAAUGCAAGUGAAACUAGAUGAAGUAAGGAGGUUAUCUUAUAAAUUUCCUGUUGGAUAAACUCAUAUGCUGUGCAAUGUAUUUUAAAACACCUAAUAACAGGUUUUUGUGUGUGUUGGGUUUGUUUUUGUGACUCAUCCAAAUCCUAUGACUUAUUUUUAAAGAUGCAGUAAAAUCUUCCUUCUAUUACCUGGAGACAAAAAUACUCAGAUUUUUCAUCCCAGUGCCAUUUAGUUACAAAGUGAGAUGUUGUUCUGUCAGGAAACAAGGGCAGCACAUCAGAAAUAUCAGAGUGGGUAAUGUUCAUCUGUGCGUUUCUGUAAGAGCGUUUGGCCAAGGGGGAAAAAAGGGAUCAAGAGGGGGUGAAUAAUUUACAGAAGUAAAUGAAUCUAUGGCUGUUUUAGAAAUGAUUUUACUGAUGCUAUGCAAAAUAGGCAUACUCCUGCAAGUCACCUGUAGAGGAGUUCUGUGUCAUUCUGGGUUUUGUUCUUUCUAUCACAAGAAAGCAAGGUUAGCAUAUCUUUUGUUUUAAGCUUCAUCAACCCAGCUGUUAUGAAAUCCCCAUCUAUCCAGUUUGUUUUCAGCACUUACAAACGCUGUUUUCCACAGGCCUUGGAAGCAAGCUUUUACAGCUUCAUGCAAUUAUCCAGCCAGUAUGUUUCAAUCCCUUGUGCCUCUUCCUGACUUUACUGUUUAUGUAUCUGGAAUUCCUGUCAUGGGGAAUGGGUGUAACAAAAUCACAAUUUGUUAAUCCACUGUUUUUUACACUUACACAGAGAAAUAGUUGUAUUCCUUCCAUAUUCAUUUUCCUAGGGAGGAAACAAGACGAAGAAGAGACUGGCUAAAAGCCCCAUCUCCAGUUACCUCAGCAUGAAGGGGACUGGGGAAGUGUUCAGGCAACAAUAUAAGAAACAGAAUAAAAAGCGGAGAGGAAAAUAUGUAUUCAUUACAUUUUUAGUAGUCUUAGAAAACAUAAGGUUUAUAACGAUAGCACCAUUUGAUUUGAUAACUUACAUUUUAAUUAGCCACUGAUGGUAGUUGUCUUAGAACUUGCUGAUAUUUUUCCAUAUGUACCUUAAGAAAAAUGUGGAAAAUACUUUUUGAAAUUCUAUGGCUGUGGAACCCACUUAGUAGCCAAAAUGUUAAAGUCCAUUUUUAAACCAAAAUUAAACUAAAUUAAACUGUAAGAAAGAUUCAUCUAAACCUUCUUAAGUAUAUAAAUUUGAAAUGAAAGAAAACUACAAAGUAAAAUGCAUCAAAUAGGAUGCUGUAACCCUCUAAAGAAUUAUUUCUUUGUCUGGAUACAAGUGCCUGGAAUGCCAAAGCUAAUCUACAGUAUGUACAAAUGUGUUUGUCAUACCAGAAAACAGAUAAAAAACAUCUGCUGAGUCUGAAGAAGAGUUUUGAUUAUCUAAUAUUUCUGUUGUUACAGUACCAAAUAUGAAUGGAAGGAAAUAAAGUACAACUUUCUGUAUUUUUCAUUAUUUACUCUCUGACUCAGCAGAUGAACGUAUAUGUGGAAAAAGGGCAGACUGUAAGAGUAUUCAGGUACGCAAUACUCCUAAAUACAAACCCAACAAUCCAUGCUGUCCAGGCAGCAGGGCUGACAAGAUUAAAUUUUGUUAGAAUUUAAUUCUGAAUAUUCCUGUUCAGGGUUAUUUAGGGUUAUAAGGGUUAUAAGUAUAAAUUCUAAGUAAUUGUUUCAAUAUUAAUUUUACUUUGAAGUUCUGCAAUAUUGUAUCAAUAUACUUUUAUCUGACAUUUUGGCUACCUAGAAAGAAGGUAAUUCACUGCUCUGGAGUAUGUGACCCAGUAUUUCUGUGCAUAACUCCUAUAUAAGUUAUGCAUAAAUGUUUGGUGAUUAUACUGUGCCACCCUGAGAACAUAGAUUUCACAAGCUUCAGUUUUAGAAAGGAAGAAUCUAGGUUAAGGAAAAAUAUGGGAAAAAUAAAGCUACAUGGGAAGAGGCAAUAAUGAAAAUGGUUAUAUAAAUUCAUUUUAAAAAAAUUAGCAUUCUGUUAUGUAUUCUGUACCAGUGUAUUUUGCUAUUUCAAAAUUGUUCUUUCUAAAAGAAAACAGAUUUCUAGAAUAAUAAUGAAAAUGCCUUUUCAGUUGAUACAUAGUUCCCUUAUUUCUGAGUUAUGUACUGAGUUUUGAAGUUAUCAAAAAAUCAGAACCUCAGCACCUAAACCACAAUGUUAGUUUGAUAUUAAAAAUAAAUGCUUUCCAAACUUUUAAGCAAUUUCUUGCUCGAUCAUGAUUUCACAAAAUAUAAGCAUUUUUGAAAUUAAAAUGUAUGUAUUUUUUUUUUUGCUCUAAGAAAUUAAAAGGGCUGCCAAAUCUACAUGUAUUUAAAAAAAAAAAAAAAAAAAAAAAAAAGAGAGAGACUCAUAUGUAAAUAAGUUAGGGAAGUCCCAAUAGUUGUGCAUCUUUCAUAACUCAAUGUGAAUUUCACACUGAGCAGCAUUUCACCAUUGGAAAAAUAAAAAUAAAAUUUUGUUCAUA